AAUAACGUCGCUUGUGAUGUUUUGCACUGGGAGAUAUUUACAUAUUUAAACAUAUAAAUACAAACAGGUUUGAUCUGAAUCCUCGGCAGCUUCACAGUUUGUCCUGAACGUCGUUGAUUCUUCACAUCAUCGACCUGAAGACGACAGCUUUUAUUUCUGAACUAAAAGUCGAGACACAUCAGCAGAGUGUCAACUCCAACAUCAAACUUCAGAGUUUCUUCAAAACUUCCAGAUUAAAGUCGUAGCUCUCAGACCCUGAAGAUGAGUCUCAGCCUCCUGCUGUUGCUGCUCGGCCUCUGCCACACCUGUCUGCUCACUGAGGGAUCAGAACCUGGAUAUUACAACAAUGAGAACGAGAGUACUGGAGCCAGGAUUUUAGCUGCCAACAGCAAGGCCCAUGAGAACCUGAUUGAGGGUGACAUACUGGAGCCCAGCAACAUAGUCACACGGAAUGCCAAAUGUAAAUCUGAAUGCUUGUGGAAGAAAUCUCGCAGCGGCUCAGUGAAGGUCCCCUACAAGAUCAGUAAUGAAUACUCACCUGCAGAACGACAGCUGAUCGAAUCUGCUAUGGCGGACUUCCGCAAGAGAACCUGCAUCCAAUUUGUUCCCUGGAAGAACCAAGAAGACUACAUCAGCAUUGAGAAUGGAGACGGAUGCUUCUCAUCAGUGGGCAGAGUAGGUGGUCGUCAGCGCCUCUCCCUCAAAAGAAGAGGCUGCAUGAAAUUAGGCAUCAUCCAGCACGAAUUCAUCCACGCUCUGGGCUUUUAUCACGAGCAGAGCAGGAGUGACCGCGACAAAUACGUCAGGAUCAACUGGCAGAAUAUCAAAGAAAAACAUAAGAAAAACUUCAACAAGCACGACACUCACAACCUGGACACUCCCUACGACUACGGCUCCAUCAUGCACUAUGGAAAACAUACCUUCGCCAUCGACAGAGCCAAAGAAACCAUCAUCCCAAUCCCAGAUGCAUCGGUUGAGAUCGGCCAGAGGAAGAAAAUGUCAAAAUACGACAUCAGCAAGAUCAACCACCUCUACAACUGCUUCAAACGCAAAACAAGGUUCCUCUAAGCUCCUGCACUCAGCUCUUCAAUCUCCACAUGUGGUGCUAGCAUGUCCUAGCUUUCAAUAGUGUUAGCAGUUAGCUCAGCAGCUAUACUCGUUAACCAGCUGUUGCUUUGAGCAGUCACUAUGUCCCCAAACUAUCAAAACCAAAUACAGUUCCAUUUUCUGAUCUGACCAGGCUCUUUUUUUCUUUCUUUAUUAAUUCAUGUAUUGGAUUAUUUAAAGGGGACAGUGCACAUUAAUAAAUAUAUUGCUGUAAAUGCAUGAGUUAGCCAAAGGACUGUUUUCCAUCUGUAGUUCCUGUAUAGAUGUUACAGUCAGUAAUAUUCACCAUUCAAUAGUUUUAAUACGGUGAUUCACAGGCUGUUUGUAAAAUGUGUUUCACCAUGUACAUUGAACAUCUUUGGAACAAAAAUGUCCUGCAGGAUAAAUAAAACUCUUGUUGCAUCUUUCAUCAUAA